GGAAACAUGACUCCUGACAGCGACCAGCCUCCGGCUAAGAUGACAGCGAAUGAUCAGCACUUUUAAGACUAGAGACGAUUUUCUAUUUCUGAGUGAUCUUCACUGAUGCAUUUCUGAGGGCAUCGCUGCAGAGUAUUAUACCUGUGCUACACUCGUCCAGCUUUCAGUAGAUGCAUUGACUGUGAUGACCCACUUCUUGAGAAGUGCAUUGUUACGCAUACUUCAUGAUAGAUACUCUUAAAAAGUUCUAAUGAUACGAGGAGGUAAGGCGCGCGCUGCGGGAAUAUGGUUGGGGCAUCUUACUAAAAGACAACGACAAGGAACUCAUGAAUGGGGCCCACUUGCAAGGAGUGGAGAGACUACGCAAUCUACUCGUUGGCGUAAGAAACAGCGAAGGACGUCUACACGAAGCCAUAGACAUAAAGAUUAAGGCUUUAUCCAUCUUUCGUUUUCCAACGUCAGUGAGUCUGCUGUCUUCGUUCCAUGUUUGUUGUAGUUCAGAUAGUAAUGACCUGCUGAAGCUAGCUGUGUCCUCCUCCCAUGCAAGUGCGGUGGAGAGCAAGCAGCAUCAAAAGACCGAUCAGGUGUUCCCCAAAAGAAAAAAGGAUUUAAGGAGAUUCAUGUAAUUACGCUGGGAAAGUUCCUCCCAAGAUGAAGAUGGCUUCAUUCAUUACAGGAAGGUGCUUCACCAUCUAAUAAGAGGGCCGAACGUUGGAAUGAUUACAGACACUUGGACGUCCUUCUAGAGUUCGGGAAACAGAACGAGAUUGCAGCGGUCCUUAACGCGAAGUGGCCGGUAUGGAAGGGGAAUUUUAGCCCUUGGCAAGGCACGGCGAUGACGCCAUUACCCCUAAAACCGCCAAAAGUUAUGUAGCGUGUAUCGUUUUGAUUAAUUAUGUAGCUCGUUCAUCCCGAUAUUUUCCUAAGGGUGCUCCUUCUACUGUAAUAGAAAGCAAGAGUGAUUCCUUCCAAGAACAGACACUCCUUGACUGGAGGUCUGAUAAAGUGACGUCCUAUCAUUCAGGCCCUUUACUUGCACCUGACGAACAGAUUGGCAGUAGCACUGGGGGUGCUAUAUCGUGCUUCUAUUGAUCUAGGAUACAACGUUGACUUUUACCGUUGUUGUUCUAGUCGCUUACGACGAAGAUACUCUUCCCCUACAAAUUGAACAGCUUCAGGAAUUCGUGAAAGAUUCGUGUCCCCGGCAGCUACAGCAUCGCUCGAACUUUUGUUGGACACUGUGCCUGACCUAUAUUCUUGAAACAUUUCCAGACUUCUCCGGGCCGCGUUCAACGUCUUCCGGCUGUCUGGCAACUCCCUUAUCUUCCCGAGAUUUCCCAAAAGAAUGCGCGCUGAUUGAGAUUGGCGGCGUUUUUGGACUCGGCGGAUUUUUUAGAUAAUCGCCGACACUGCCCGAUAUUUGUUAAUUAUGUAACUCCGCAGCAAUUUUCUAGCGUGCGAAAGCGCUGUCGUUUUCACGGGGAGAGCCUCCUGAAGGCCCCCAGCGAGGCUCCUAGACCGCUCCCACAGGGUUGCGCAGCCCGCUCAUGCUGGUCUCUUGGGUCUCUCUUUCGGGAUUCCGUGGUCUGCUCGUGUGGCCGCCCCGAGGUUGGUUCUGCGGGUCUUCGCAGGGGCUGCCACGUGUUUCCGCAGGCGGUUAAGACUGCGGCCUUCUGCGCUCCACGUUGUUGGGGAAAGUCCUCACCAGCGGGACACACCGGGAGGUUUGCGGCGUGGUUCCGUAGCCGCUCCGCAGGUGGCUUGAUUCUGGCAGCCGGGUUCACUUUGUUCUUUUUUCCGCAGCGCCCCUCCCGGGUCGCUCCUAGCUCUCCCUGGUGGUGGCGGGAGGGUUCGUUCCGCACGGGGUUCAGCAGCGGGCGUGGGCCUAGCUCCGUUGCGAAUCAAUUUUUUCGGCGUCGGUUUCUUCCGCUAGUCAAGUCUGCGGUCCCCGCUUCUGCCUUCCUCUCCUCGUUUUUCCCGCUCGUGCUCUUCUUGGACCUUCCGCGCCACCCAUCGCCCCCCUUGGCUCGAUUCGCUCCUGGCGCCAAGAGUCUCGCCGGCUGCUCUCCCCUGCUUCUCCCUCCUUCUCGCGUAUCUCGCUACCACGCCCUCCUCCUUUCUCCGCUUCCUCCCUUCUUUCCUUCUUCACAUUUGCCUCGUUUCUCGUGGCCUCGUUCUACCCUGCCCUGCCUCCCCUCCUCCUCUUUUUCUCUUCUUUAAAAAAUGCCCUCCCGCUCCGUCUCGGCGCCCGAAGUACUUUCUUAGGGAUAUAGAAGUAGAAGAGUGAGUUAUCUCGUACCUCAACAUCAAGGAAGGCACACUCACACAGGAAAGGCUCUAAAAAACAGCAAGGGUGGGAGUCGAAAUUUCGGUUGAAAGGUGACCGUUAUCGUAAUGCUGGCGCUUUGAUAUACGAGGGAUUACGCAAAGCUGCCAUAGGACUUUCGAGACGAUUCCCGGUCACAGAGAAUAUGCAGUUUUUAAGGAUACAAAAAAGUACCCGAUUGCAGCUGCGAUACAUGGAGUAGUAGAGUGCUUAGUUCAAUCCCAAUUCAUACAUCUAUAUUAGGGCUUGAAGAUGAUAAGGCCCGGUUGGCUUCGUGGUCUAGGCGUUGGACUGUUGUAUGCUUAUAUGCAGGACGAUAGACGGAAACGGAACGAUAGGAAUAAACAAGGCGCUCCAACAUAUAUAUGUCGCGGCGCUAACUAGGAGCAGGCUACGCUGGAAAACGCUGCGCAGCCACACAAUUCCAAUACCAUUCAAGAUAGAAGCCAGAAGUAGCAUCGUCGGAGCAUACUGCUGCGACCUAAUCGAAGGGAGAAGCAAGACCGCGACGGAAGUGCGCACAGAUGAAGCCGCUCAGAGUAACCUACUCGCUGAAAGAUCGGCGUGGCACGAAGGGCACAAGGAAACGACAGACGCAGAGGCUGACAGAUUUACAAGACAGACGGCGCGGGAGCACAAACUGAGUCGACGCCGCGCCAGAAGGGUCGCCCUGUCGCGCGGGAGAAGAGAGCGCCUCGAAGGCGCAAAAUUAAUGAGGCGCCCCCAAUCAAUGAGAAACAUACAUAGCAAGCACCCAACGACGUAGCCCGAGCGACUAACCUGAUGGCAGUGCGCCUAGCCCUAGAGAUUCUGACUUUCAUGGCUUCGAGCGCCAUCUUCAUUAGGGGCGGCAUGCUGGUACAUAGACCACAGGCAUCGCCAUGCCUUGCGAGCUAAUUCGUGCGCGCUGUGCUGUCUUUAUCCAUGGCGGUACUUGUUUGCGCAAGAAAAAGCAAAAGAACCAGACAGGCCGGACAAUGAAAAGAGGCAGAAUUUUCGGAGACGAAGAGAGGUGCGCGAGGUCGUUGCGUUAUGUACAAGCGAAGAACCAACUUUGGGAGCGAGAGGGGGGGCAAAAAGCAGAGGCGCCAUGGAUGGACUUGAGUCGGAAGUGAGUCAGCCGGCUGCUGCGUCAAUGCGUUGCCAGUCACGUCUGGACUUUCUUAGUCGCUUAAUAAUUACUCAGCGAGACCACUCCAAGGCUUCGGCUUUUGUGAGUAUCUAUGGCGCAACCCUCAACAGAUCGCCAGCAAACAGCUCAAACAAAUUGGGGCCGUGCGGACUUCUCUCACAUGCGGCAACAUGGGCGGGGGCUAGCAUAAUCAGCACGCCGCCCAAUGCGUUACGCACUUAAGCCAACAAACAAAAAGACCAGAACGCGAAGCGAAUACUCUCAGCAGGCUAGCCACUACGUAAACGAUGCGAACGGCCUUCGCAUCUUUCGCGAUUUCGAACCUUUUCACAAGUUCCGCGCUAAACUGACUGCAGAACGAUAGACGAGGACACGACCUGUGGGACUUUUCUCGGGAUAGGAAUAGACACAGCGAACAGGCAAAGCUGCACAACUGGGGGCGGCGUUGAUUCUUGCUGUUGCGUUUCUCUCUGUCGUCGGGGCCGCUCGGUGUCUGGAUACAUGGGAAUAAACGCCCCACAAAAUGACGCAGGGAGUUUAUUUCGAUCACGUUACACUCUAAAACUCUGCAUAUAUCUAAGUAGACUAUUUUUUUAGCAUGAUGUAUUGCGCAAAUUCAUAAUUCUAGACAAGUACCUUUCUCGGCGCUGGGGCCGGCGCUCACUCGCUCCAGUUUCGCUUCAUGCUUGCUCAUCAUGUUAUUUGCGUUGAAUUAUUUUAUUGUCAAUCUUAAUCAUAUAUAUGACUCAGGGCCGGACGGUCCCCCCCUCCCCCCCUGUGGUCUGGUCUGUGGUGGCGCGCGCGCGCGCUUUUCCGCGCGGGUUUUUCGCGGAUUCUAGUGUUGGAAGGCGUCAAAACUUGGCGCGGGCCUCCCCUUGGGCUUCUCAGCGUUUUCCCCAGGAGCCUCCUGGCCUCUGCUGACCGUCGCAGGCGGGAGGCCUCCGGGGUAAAAGUCCGCCGAAGGCGGCCACGUUCGCAAGAGCAGGCAAUCCGAUGACCAAGGGCCCUGAGGGUACAGGCGGCACGGUGCAGGGGAUCCAGCCCCUCGCCUUUUGCCGCCUUCGGAGGCCUUCCAGCCUAACGAAUGCACUUAGGGCACAGGCAGGCACCUGGGCGGGGGCGCAGGCGGUCCCUUGGGCCCCUUUUGAAGCCUGCUCUCACCAUCGUCGGAGGCUCCGCCCUAGGGGACAGCCAGGCAGCUGGAAGGGAGCGGGGGGGGAGGUCACUGGGCCCACUUUUGAGGCCUUCCACCCCCGGCAGACGCCUUCAAAAGGGGGCCAGGGCGCACGGCCCCCCUCCUGGAAAAUAUAUCUAUAUUCAUGUUCAUGUUGUAGUGAAAACGUUAACGCGGCAGUAGUAAAACUAGUCAUAACUCGUUCUGCGAGGAGGUGCGUAGCAGAAGGAAGUGAUGGCACGCAGUCGUCUCAAGAUCAUAGUGCGAGCCUCCUGUGCUGUUCAGUUAAACUUAAAACUAGUACAGGAACGGCUUUGAUUAGAUUAUGGUUCUCCUUCUCGUAAUACGUUAGGAGGCGCAUUAUACUAUGCAGAAUAUAUUCUGUAUUUUUUCUGUUCCAUACGUCUCCAGAGUAGUCGUACAAGAAAUAAUACUGGCAACAUCAUCAAAUAGAGCUAUCUAGACAGAAGCAAAGGUGAGCGAAGAACCCAGAGGGGUUCUGUAGUUUGGUUCUAAAGAAAAAUAGCGCGGUAGAAGCAGGUCAGGCGUGGUCCCGUCGAGAAGACUGCAUCGAAAAAUUAUGGCCAGGAUGCGUGCUACUUCGUUCUUCUACACUGUACCGCCAGGCAUUCCUGUUCUACACAAAAAACGCAAAAGCAAAUAUCUUUCAAGAUGGCUCGAUCAGGUAGAAGAAGAUGGCGUCAAUUACAAUAUUUAAUUGAUUGCUGUAGUAGUGGAUCAAUUACUCAAUCUAGUAUUAGAAGACGUACCCAGCGGAGUUUGGAUUCGGGCUCCAGAUAGGCAACCGGUCUCGAAGGCGAAGAUGUUCUAAUAUUAAGGCAAGGUAAUGCCAGGACCGGCAGAGGUAGACGACUAAGUAAUAUUCGACGAGCUGAUAAUAGAUGAGCUACUUCUACUGAUGACGAUAGAAGUUCUAGUUCAUUUUUCUUUCGUUCAAUGUUCGUUGCAUCUCGAAGCACUCGCCAAUGGCAAUACUCGAGCAACGAAAAACAGAUGUUGGCCUAUAACGAACAGCAGAAUGUUCUGUCAUAGGAUGACACUGCGCUUUAGAUGAAUGUGGGUCUUUCAUGAAAUAUGGAUGAUCUGCAAGAAGUUAUUUGCGUCCUCGCACAGUACUGUGUCUCUGAGUAAUCAUGUUCUGCAAGAAGUCAUUUAUGUUGUAAACUGUGUUUCUAAUAAUAGAACCUCCGCGAGCGGCUGGCUUUGGGGAGGACGCAUAUGGAAGACAAGUAGAAUUCAAACAGAGAUGGGCGAUGAAGAAUCUGCUAGAGCUUGGAACGCCGCAUGAAAUAAACACCGUCAUAAAAGCUAACGAGUUCAACCGAAACAGCCCGGGGAUGGUUAAGGCUCGCAACUUUCUUGAACAAUAGAGCUAGCAGGAAUGCAAUGGUCGUUUCCAACAUUUGAGUCUUCUCAUGACCUUUUUUACCGAGUAAAUCUGUAUGUCAGUAUUACUUGAUGUAAACCACAUUAGAUAUAGGAAUUAAUUUGUUUCAUAUCUAGAUAUAUAUUGCGUGCUUUAGUACGUCGCUGAAGUACCUUCCUUUUCUUAGUACUGGAGUUGUACGUUAGAUCUUUUGUAUUUUUUUUAACUAAGCGGUUAGUAGUACACCUUCUAUCUUCUCUUUUUUUCAUUGCUACGUAUUUAUCAGAAUUUGAAGACGAGUUGGAGUUCUUAUGUAGACGUACAACUCCACCAUACGAAAAGACUGCCCUAAGAUUGAACACAAGGGCAUGUGGGAGGAUCUCAGAAAGCGCGGAAGCAAAGCAGGCCGUGAGUGGCCAAUACUAGAGGGUUACUCAGUAUGUGUGGACUAUUAGGGGCGCUACGAUCAUAGUCGUAGUCCUCACAUAACUCAUUGAUAUCGAUAUUAUUGAAUGAGGAAAAGCUGAAACAAGCAGUGUUGUAGUACCUCACAGGAGCAAUGAAGAGACAUCUAUCGUUGGGGAAGAUUCCUAGGAGUGAUGAACUAUCAUAUGGCGUGUACGUCUUAGCACAUUCCUUGUAUUUGUUUUUGGGGGGAAAAGAACGGCGGGAGACGUGUGCAGAGGGUCUCUGCCCUUGCUGUAGCCUUCCACAUACAUGGAUACAUACAUGAUGUACAAAGCAGUUGAACAAGGAUGAACCAACAAUACAUAGAAACAUGAAUGCUUGUAGAAUUUUAUUGGAAGGCUGAAGUAGAUUCUAUCUCUAUCUAACAUGAUAUUACAAAGACUUUGUUGUGCAUCAAGAAAUGAAUGAGAAAUACAAGAAGUACAACUCAACACAUUAUUUUGAAAAUACAACUUGAGCUUGUACCCCACGAAUGGGGUAACUACGACCACUAUUACAUACUAGCAUCAAAGCAAUCAAAUUAUGGAGAAAUAUUACAACGCAUCUCUGCUGCUCGCCGUUCGCACUUUCUAUCGAUUAACAAGUAUGUCGUACUCAUUGAUGUUUGGAAUGAUAGUGUAGAAUAUGAAUCAUGUUAAGCUGCAGUUAUAAUAUAAGUCACAAGGAAGAAGUGUGAAUCACUGCAGUCACAAAACAUAUAUUAAGAUACAGCAACCGAUUUAGAUUUAUUCAAAAGAGGUCGUGCAGAUUCCCCUGGACCCGACGAUCAUGCGUGAAAAUGUACAAGGACAUGAAUAAUGAAGAACAAGAGCAGGUUCCAAGAAGAUGAAGAAUCUAAUAUGGAGAGUAUGAGAGCCUUUUUAAUCUACCACGUGC